AUGGGACUCGAGUGCAGUGGAUAUCAGUAUUUCGAGAGUGUUUCCAGCUCUAGAAAGCAGAGGAAGCCAAGAACUAAACCUGCUGUCCUUCACACCUUUGCUCGCGAGGAAGUUGGAACUAGCGCUGUUCCUCCACACACCUCGGAAAUAAGCAUCUCCAACGAGCUCGGCAAUACCGAGCCUCUAGACUCUUCAUCGAAUCUCCCUGUAUGGGAUUUCCUGGGGGGCGUCCAACUGCCCUCUGUUAAUCUGGUAUCUGGACCAUAUUCUGCCAACUGUACUCUGUUGACGUCAGGCAGCUACUCUGAAUCACCUCUGGAACAUAUUCCAGCCUUGGCAGGAGGGAAACAACACCAAUUGUUGAAUCCAUCUAUUGGGAUAGAGGUACCCGUGCCCGGUAAUAGGGCGGUUAUUCCAGAGGCAGCUCAACCGCACAGUCUCAGUCUACGACCGGAUUAUUUCUUAGAGGGCAGGAACGUUCCUAGCUUAGCAGCUCACAUGGAUUCAGCUUCUUCCGAAACCUCACAGGCCGCAGCCUUGGUGACCCAACGAAGCGGCGAACAUUUUGCUGACUGUGCUCGGGGGCUCUCGAAUAGCGUAAAUUGGGGAAUAAAUGCGGCUCUCUCAAAUCCCAAAUCCGGAGAAUCCUUUUCGAGUGUCGGCUGGGAAGAAGAGGAAGAAGGUGAAGAACUCGAAGGAUUAAAGCAAAUGAUAGGUACAAUUCUUGCGUUGGACAAUACUGUGGCGGACAACGUGGUUCCUUUCGUACUGCAACAUGCUGCGCAAUGGAUCAUGAUAGGCACUUUUGAACCAUUGAAAAUUCUUUGGCACGCGAAGGAGCGUGUAUUACGUGAAGUCUCCGCCUCAGAUUCAACUCGUGCUCACAGGCUAGUCGUUGGCAGGGCUAUGAGGUCACUCUUGAAAAGCCCGAUGCCUGAUGAGACCUGUACCUGGGUUAUCUCCCUAUUAUUCACCGCAAUCGACCAGAAGGCUGCUCGUUACGCAUUGCAUCAAGUUGCUUCUAACUCAGGCGUGGACCCGAAACAAGCGAUGCUUAUACUAGAGGAUUAUACUGAGGUGCUUUCUAUGCUGGUGUGUGGUUAUCCAUUCCGCUCCUGGUACCCGCGCUUGUGCAAGAUCGCGCCAGUAUUUGGUCAUGCAUGCCCCGAUCCCCUGGGCCAACCAGUGUACCUACCCGGUAUACUGAAUAGUCCAGCUUUUAGCUGCCUAUGUUUUAUCUCUAUGGAUAUUUCUACAAGCGUUAUCUAUGGUCUACCUAUGUUAUGCAAAUACGAUGCUGGGUUCUCGCUCAAACUCUGUGACGAGAUCUACCAGCGCCAGCAGAACUAUGGAUUCCAGUGGCUUCAUGGAAUUCCCGACCAAUUUAUACUCUUGCUUACCUGGGUCAACAAUCUCUACGAGUACCGCGGAACAGCCAUCGAACCUAGUUUGCUACGUAGGAUUGAAGAUGACCUGUCCAAGAUUCGAAUACCGCCUGUAGAGUCAGUCGACCCGGCACUGAGAAUUGAAAGAAAGGCAGUACAGGAGGGCUGGCGCCAGGCUGCAUACAUCUACCUUUAUAUGAAACUCCAUGGCGUCAACGCUCAGGAUUCACGAGUUAAGCAAGCGAGCAGAAUAUUCAUGCGACUCGCAAACGAGACAAAGCCGGGGCAUAGUCUCGACGCAUUCUUGGUAGUCCCAAUGAUGAUCGUUGGAGUGGUAUUGCUUAAACAGCGAGAUAGAAACGCAAUUUGUGACCGGAUUCGGGGUCAUCGAGAAUGUCAAAAUCCGGAAUCUGCUCUAAAUGGCAAUAUCCGAAUGAUGGAGGACGUCUGGAGUAGGAUCGCCAUCGAGGGUCGAGCAGCGAUAUGGCCAGACUUACGGAUAGCAUGUUACAAUGUAACAGGGAUGUAG